GUUUCUCAUGUUUAUGAUAGUAUCAAGUUGUGAGCUUUUUUCUUCUCUGUUGAAUCUGUUGAAAAAUAUUGACCGUGUGAUUCUUAGUUGGAAAUCUCUAGAUUUCAUAAUUGCAUGAUAGCUUCAUGUCUUGAUUAUAAUGUUUCUGUGUGUGUGUGUGUAGCUUCUUCACCUUCUUGUGUCAAUUUCCUAUGAACCAUAAGAUUUCAAAGAGGAUUUAUUCAACAUGUUUUACUAAAUUGAUUUGUUUGUCUAUCUUCUUGUGUGCAUCUCUGUUCAGAUUUCACUUGGGCUAUUAGUAAUUUGAUCUCUCUAGUGUCUCUCCAAGUCUCUCUUUUUGUUACUUUACUUUAGACCUUUAUCUUCUUUUUAUAUACCCUUCUCUUAUAACUUUUGAAAGUUGCAACUGAGGAGAUCAAACUUCAACUUGAAAACCUUUAUCUUCUGUUUGCAUUGCUUUUGCAAAUUGUUUUUGAAUUUCUCUUUUUCAUCUUCCUCGAUUACCUGCUUUGAAUCAUUAUUUCAUUCUUAGGUUUGUUAGUUUUUAAAUUUUAGCCUUAUAUAGUUAUAUUGUUGUUCCACAAGGCUAUCACUUCAAUCAAUUUGUAAAAAAACUCAAAGAGCUUCAUAAUCCAAUGAAGGAACAGUGAUGAAAGAUUUGUCUCUUCUUUUGCUGAGAGUUCUUUUGAGAAUAGUUUCUUGGCAUAAAGUUAUGUGCAUAGGACUAAGGAGGGCCAGGAGACUCUAGUGCUAGUACUUUAGUAGGCAGUUGUUGCAUAACCUGGAUAUAAUAGGUGUUUUCAGAUGUAUCGACAGAUAGGAAAAGCCGUAAAAGAAUCUCAGCUUUACUAAUUGUGCAUAUGUUCUUGAAUCGUCUUAUGACUUGCAUAUAAAGAAAAGUACCCAAAUCUUCCAAGUGGUUUUAGUCUAUAAGAGAUCUUAAUUAUGUGUAUGUUGGUGCUGAAAUUUGAUUUCUCUGCAGAUUAUUUCUUCGUCUUUGUUGGAGUGAGGCUGUUAAACUCCUCUGUUAAUCAGGCUCAUAAAUAUACUCAUGAAUCUGGCAAGAAAUACAGAAGACUACCCUUGUGAUUUUGGUUUUGAUCCGAGUCUGAAAAAUUCAUAGGCCGAGAGGAAAAUUUAACAGAAAGCUGGAGAUGGGAUGUUCUACAUCCAAGCUAGAUGAUGAAGAAGCAGUUCAACUUUGUAAGGAUCGAAAAAGAUUUAUUAAACAGGCUCUUGAACAAAGAACACGAUUUGCUUCUGGACACUUGGCCUAUAUCCAGUCCCUGAAAAGAGUAUCAGCAGCUCUUCGUGACUAUAUUGAAGUUGAUGAGCCUCAUGAGUUCUCACUAGAGUCCUUCAUAACCCCACCAUUCACACCAAUAAAGAAUACUAGUCCUGGUUUUAUCUGUGAUAGUACACCUAAGAUCAGGAGGAUUUCAUCAAAAUCCUACUCACCUGCACAAAUCCCAUCCGGACCACAUUCAUCUGUUAAGGUACAUUACUUAAGAUCAGGAGGAAACCCAGCAGUGUCAGUGGAAGAGAGACCACCUCGAUCACCAGAGAUGGUCAGAGUAGAAGCUUACUCUCCAAUACACCAGUAUGGAAUGGAUGGUUUCUUUGCAAUGCAGUCAUCACCUAUGAUCUCCUCUUCAUUUUUCUCCUAUUCCCCCAACAACAGGCCCAGUAUCCCUCCACCUUCGCCUCAACAUUCUCAAUGGGACUUUUUCUGGAACCCAUUUUCAUCAUUAGAUUAUGGUUAUCCCACUCGAACUAGUAUGGAUCAGACGGUCAUGGAUGAUGAGAUUAGAGGACUAAGACAGGUCAGAGAAGAAGAAGGAAUCCCUGACUUGGAAGAAAUUGAAACUGAGCAAGAGGAUUGCUGUGAUGAGAGAAAUAUAACACAAGAGAGGGCAAAAGUGGAUCUAAAUUACAACAGAGAAGAAGUUAUUGUUGAAGACGUUGAUGAGGAUGAGGAUGAGGAUGAGGAGAUGGUCAGUGGAAAUGAAAAUGAGCAUGAAGCAGAAACAUCCUCCCAUGGUCAUAUUAGUAUAGAGGUGCGAGCUCAAACUGCAAGACAAGUUGAAACUAGUAACCAAGGAAGGGCAGUUGUUGAUCAAGAGGCUAAGGAAGAAACACCAGGAUUUACUGCUUAUGUAAACCGUAGGCCAACGAGUAUGGCAGAAGUUAUCAAGGAUUUGGAAGCUCAGUUUGUGAUCGUUUGCAAUGCAGCUAAUCAGGUCUCGGCGCUGUUAGAGGCCAGCAGAGAGCAGUGCCCAUCAUCCUCCAAUGAACUAUCAGCCAUGAAAAUGCUGAACCCAGUGGCUUUGUUUCGCUCAGCAUCCUCAUCUCGAUCAGCCUCAUCCAGAUGUUUAGUGACUUCUUCCUGCUCCAAUGAUGAUGGUUAUGAAAGCAGUAGUGACUUCUCAGAGGAGCCAUGUAUGCUUUCAGGUAGUCACCAAACAACACUGGACAGGUUGUAUGCUUGGGAGAAGAAACUUUAUGAGGAAGUCAAGUCUGGAGAAAAGGUGCGGAUGACAUAUGAAAAGAAAUUAAUGCAACUCCGGAACCAAGAUGUGAAAGGCGAUGACCAAUCUGCUAUAGAAAAAACAAGGGUAUCCAUUAGAGAUCUGCAUACACAGAUGAAGGUUUCGAUACAUUCAGUUGAAGCUAUUUCAAAGAGAAUUGAAACUUUAAGGGAUGAAGAAUUGCAGCCUCAACUUUCAGAAUUGGUGCAAGGGUUAGCAAGAAUGUGGAAAGUAAUGGUAGAAUGUCAUCAGACACAGAAACAAAGCCUCAAUGAAGCCAAGAUUUUAUUAGCAGGCACACCUUCAAAACUGGAAGCUAAAAGGCUUUCGUCUUCCACUUCAGCCACUGAUCCAAACAGGCUAGCAUGUUCUGCAGCUAAUCUUGAGACGGAAUUGAGGAAUUGGAGAGUCAAUUUUCAGUCAUGGAUCACUUCUCAACGAUCCUACGUACACGCAUUAACAGGAUGGCUACUCCGUUGCAUGAGGGCUGAUCCAGAUACAUCAAAGUUGUCAUUCUCCCCUCGCCGCUCGAACGGUGCUCUUCCAAUAUUUGAAAUAUGCAUCCCAUGGUCCACGUUCCUGGAUGCCUUGCACGAGAUGCCAGUGUUGGAUGGACUAGAUUUCUUUGCAGCUGGUAUGGGAUCUCUAUAUGCACAGCAGGUAAAAGAGGAUUUACGUAGAGCUCAGAUAGGUUCAAAGAGAUUCGAGUCAACCGAGGAAUUGAGUGGGAAUAUGGAAUUGGUGGAAGUUGGUCAAGUUGAACAGGUAAUGACUGCAGAUAAAAUGGCUGAGGUUGCCAUAAGGGUACUUUGUGCUGGAAUGUCAGUUACUAUGAGCUCACUGACACAGUUUUCUAUUGCUUCUGCUGGGGGAUAUGCUGAUCUUCUGAAUCAAUGCAAAGGCUAGAGCUGGAAUGUGAAUUUAGAAUUUUAUGGGGUAGCUUAGGAGGGGGGUUUCAAUGUAAUUACGAUAAAUUCUAUAUGUAAGUUAUUAGAGUAGAGUUGUUGCCACCCUAAUCCUUAGUUUGGCUGAUACAAACGUUUAAUCUCCACGCAGAAAAGGAACAUAAAUGCUGGCUUAA